GUCCUCCACACUUCCGGUCGUCCGCUUUAAGGGCGUUGCAAGAUGGCGGCCCGCGGAAGCCGCCUGCUGCUGGGUGGCGUCCGGCUGUAUAACGCCAAGCCGCUUAAGUUACAACUGAAGGGGAUUUACCGGCCGAACGCUGCCGACCCAGCCGCUCCGGCUUGGCAAUUGACGGCCGAAUAUGAAGCCAAGCUGUUUGGCCGGCACGGGCGAGCCUCCGGGGUGGACCCGAGCCGCCUGUGGCCGUCGCUGGAGAAGCUGCAGGAAAUGGAGGCUGAGGAGAAAGCCUGGUACCCGUCCUUGAAGGAGAUGCAGCAGUCGCUGGAGGCCAAAGAGAAGGAGGCCGAAGCGCAGCAGCGGCAGAAAGAGGAGAUAAUUGCUGCCAAGAUGGCCAAAAUGCCACAGAUGAUAGAAGAGUGGCAGAGGGAAAAACAGAAACGCAAGCUGAAAGAACAGCAGGAAAAAGAACGGCGACGGUUGUUACUGGCUGAGGCCCGGGAGCAGUACGGCUAUCACCUGGAUCAUCACAGUCCUGAAUUCCAGGAGAUGGUGAUGGAAAGGGAGAAGAUGAAACGGAUGGAGCAGAAGGAGGAGAAGAAACGUAUGAGGGGGAUUCAGGCCAAAAAAGCCAUGGAAAGCAAAAUCCUUGCCUCAUCUCCAGAUAACCAGGAGGAGAUGGCUGAACAAAAGGAUAUCUAAAAUGCCGCAUUAUCAGUCUUUGAAAUAAAUCUGCCUACAGAUUGUGACAUAUAAUUCUCAGAACCCAAUCAAUUUACUGCCCUUCUCAUCAUGCAUUAAAGGCCAACUUAGAGUUCUUAUGGAAUGUGGAAUGCUUUACUCUACAGAUCUAAAGUCGUUUCUCUGCCCUGCCCGUAACCAUUUGGAGCUCCAGCAAUGGAUUUUUGAACAGCAAAUGCAUUCUCUGGAUUUUCUCAGAAGAGCAAGCUCUCUUUCCACCACGUAACUCAGGGGUCUUUGGGCCUCGGGCCGUUGCCUGUUCAGAACUGGGCCACGAAGCCGCUUGCUCCUGGUGCUCCAAAAGUGGAACAGUGGGAGCAGAAGCCGAGUGAGACGAACAUGCCCAUGCUCAGCUUUGCUGACUCAACAAAGGCUGCCUGUGCAGGACACCCCGUCUGCUUUUCAAGCACCGGGCAGCCUCCGUGAGUCUGAAGGCGCAUGAGACGGCACUUCCAAAGGCGUCUCUUCUCCGUGCCAAAAGCUUUUGCGAAGGGAUGUGAAACACUUUGUGGGAGCAAUCUUAUACUGUUUCAGGCCUUCUGUCCCUUCGCAAAAGCUUUUGGCAUGGAGAAGCCUGAAGGAAACAGCGCCCCAAAGGCUACUUUUCUCUCUUGCAUUCCGGCACACUGCUUGCGCAGCCCUGUUCUCUCCCCCCCCCACCCACCCCACCGCCAGGUUGCCAAGCCACAAAGUUUGGGGACUACUGAGCUAUCUGACUGCCGUAUUCAAUUUGCUGAAUAAAUAUAUGGUGUUGUAAGUUUAAAAAAAAAUAUAUUUACUUUUAACCAAA